AUUUCAAUUAAUUCGUCCUCAUCUUUCAACAGUGAUCGAUUAGAUAAGUAAUAUUUCUAGUACUCUUUCCACAGAAAGCAGUAGAAUAGGUUUUACAAGAAUCUGAAACCUGAUUUCAGAGAAAUAAACUCUAAAAAAUGAAUAUUAGAUUUGAUGGGAAACGAGCAUUAGUAACUGGAGCUGGUAAAGGAAUUGGAAGAGGCGUCACAUUAAAGUUAGCUGAAUUGGGAGCUCAAGUUAUUGCUGUCAGUAGAACAGCGGCUGAUCUAGAUGAGCUAUCAAAAAUAAUUCCCAAUAUUAAAACAAUAUGUCUGGAUGUUGGAAACUGGGAAGCAACAAGAACUGCUUUACAAGAUGUUGGAGACGUGGAUUUAUUGGUCAAUAAUGCUGGUGUGAUUGGCCCAGAAAUUAAUGACAAUCUAUCUGAAGCAGAUGUAGAUGGAUGCUACAACAUCAAUAUAAAAUCUGUAAUCAACAUUGGCAUGAUGAUUGCUAAUCAGAUGAGAAAGAGAAGAAAAGGAGGAUCAAUUGUUAACGUUUCAAGCGUUGAUGGUAUAUUAGGAGCUCCUACAAGUGCAGUGUAUGCUACAAGCAAAGCUGCAGUUAAUCAACUAACUAGAUGUAUGACGGCACAAUUUGGACCCCAUCAAAUUCGAGUGAAUUCAGUCAAUCCCACUUUUAUCCGCACUAAAAUGGCCGAAGAGUAUUUUGAUCCUAGUAAUGAAGUGGGAAAGGAAUUCAGGGAACGAACACCUUUGAGAAAAUUUGGAGAAAUAGAAGAUGUUGUGGAUCCUAUUUUAUUCUUGUUAAGUGAAAAAGCAUCAAUGAUUACGGGCGUUAUCCUGCCAAUUGAUGGAGGACUCACAAACUGUUAUUGAAAUAUAAAAACGAAACAUUUAUUUUCUCUAAAAUAAAACAUCAUAUACAUUUUUCAAAAAUGUUUUAUUGUUAUUUUUCCGCAGUUGCGCAAGUAUUUUCAGACUUAAUAAAGUAGUAAAUUUUAAGUGA